AUUGGCUAUAACUAUCACAAAAACUACCAAAACCAUGAACCCUACCUUUUACUUAGUUCUUGCCUUAACCGCGGUUUUGGCCUCAAACGCAUGUGGUGCCGUUGUCGACAUCGACGGCAACACCAUAUUCCACGAGAGUUACUACGUUCUCCCUGUCAUACGUGGCCGAGGAGGCGGCCUGACUCUAGCAGGCCGCGGUGGUGAGCUAUGUCCUCUCGAUAUCGUGCAGGAAUCUUCAGAACUCGAUGAGGGCAUUCCCGUGAAAUUUUCAAACUGGAGGCUUAAAGUUGCAUUCGUUCCCGAAUCACAGAACCUCAACAUCGAAACAGACAUCGGAGCCACGAUCUGCGUUCAGUCAACCUACUGGCGGGUCGGUGAGUUUGACCACGAGAGGAAGCAGUACUUCGUUGUGGCUGGUCCUAAACCAGAAGGGUUUGGACAAGAUUCGUUGAAGAGUUUCUUCAAGAUCGAGAAAUCUGGGGAUCUUGGUGCUUACAAGUUUGUGUUCUGUCCUCGGACUUGCGACGCUGGCAGUCCAAAAUGCAGCGAUGUCGGGAUAUUCGUGGAUGAACUCGGCGUUCGUCGUUUGGCUUUAAGCGAUGAGCCUUUCUUGGUUAUUUAUGGCCGCCACGACCACAAACGCCGCCAAGCCCAUUCUCGACAUGAACGGAUCGGAGAGAUCAUAAGAGGCGGUGCUUAUCGGGUUUUCCCCGUCAGAAACUAUUGGGAUCACAACAGAGGGGGCGGCCUGAGUUUCGCUAGCCAUGGUAGAAAUCAAUGUCCUCUCGACGUGGUGCAGGCACCAUCCAUGUACGACGAUGGCGUUGCCGUAAAAUUCUCAAACUGGAGGUCUGGACUUAACUUCGCUCCCGAAGCAGAGAACCUCAACAUCGAGAUGGCCAUAGCAGACACGUUGGCCUGCAUUAACUCAAACUACUGGCGGAUCGAUUAUGACAGCGGGCGGGUGAUGGCUGGUCCGAAGCCAGAAGAAUAUAUACGAAGAAGAUGGUUUCUUCCAGAUACAGAAAUCUGACUAUCAUCAUCACUACAAGUUUUCGUUUUGUCCUGGCUUCGGAGGAAGCAGAAAACUUUCAUGGCCCAGCUAUGAAUGCACCGAUAUUGGGAUACAUGAGGAUAGAUUUGGCGUUCGACGUUUGGCUUUAAACGAUGGGGAUUACUGGCAGGCUGAUUACUGGGUUAUGUUCAAGAAAGCUAAUGAGACAGG